UUGGGUGAGUGCACACUGUACUGUGUGUCAUUGCAUUAUGUAAACAUUCUUACUGUGGCACUCUCAUUUUCUUGCAUAUUCCAGCUCUAGUUAAUGUGCCCCCACAGUAAUCGGAGUGUUGGCGAGCAGGAAGUGAUGCCGCUACCUUAAUUAAGAGCCAGCCUGUUAAAUAGCGCUUUCUCUAGACACACCAUUAAAUCCAGUCUUUAGCUUUAACUGUAAACACUCUCUGUAAAGUACUCUUACAUUCAGUCGAUCGCCACUGCGCUCCUGGACUUCCCCUUUGGGAUUAAAAGAAGAGCAAGAAUGAAAUCUGCCCUAUUGAUUCUCUGUCUGUUGGGAGCAGCCUGUGCUAAUCCAAUCUUGCAUAAAGUGGCUAUGGAGAUGAUUCAACAUGCAUCCAACUCUUCGGAAAGCUCUUCAAUAUCUGAAUCUUCAGACCAGAGUAAUACCUCAGAACCUUCGGAAGAGAAGUCAGAGGAAAAUGUUUCUGACAGCAAUAGCUCUGAAUCACUUGAAUCUGAAUCAGAUGAAUCGAUUUCUAAAGAGAGCGAAAGCCAUUCCGUGGAAAGUCUGAUUGGAAAAAGCGAGACCGCACUGACAGCAGACAACACUCAAAGCAGUAAAGAGAACAUCCGUAGGGGCUGGAUAUACACCCUCAAAUGGGUCCAACCAAACAACAACAUUGUGCAACCAACCAGCCAGCCACAUGAAAAUGACAUCCAGUCCACUAGUGACGCAUCCCAAAAAAGUGAAAGCAGCGAAUCAAGCGAAAGCCAGGAAAAGUUUGUCGUGAACAAAAUGCAAGUGGAUAACAGUGACGACACCAGCGAAAGCGCUGAACACAACGGUGUUGUUGCUACUGAAUACAGCAACAGUAAUAGCAGCAGCAGCAGUAGCAGCAGUGAAAGCACCGAGUCUAAAGACAGCGCCACGGAUAGUGAAAGUCGCUCCACUGAGUGUGUGCCCGGUGAUGACAGUCAAGAUUGUGAGAGCGAGGAAGACCUUCCUCAGGAUAUCGGUGAUGAUGGUGCAACCGACCCUUUCAAUGGCUUCUUAAUGCCUGAUGUCGCUGAGCCCUAGCGGCAGUUUAAGACAUCAUUUAUUAUGACUCGAUGCUCUGAUAGCUGCAAGUUGGAAAUCCCAGGAGCGUAGUAAAAUAGGAAUGUUCUCUUAAGGAAAAUAUUUAUAGGAGGGUAUGUAAGGAAAUGUAUAUAAUAUUAAUAUAAAAUGUUGAUUAAACAUUAAUAAUUAUGUUAAGGUUAAUCGGUCUAUAUCAGUGGUUCUCAGUGUCUUUUUUUUUUAAAUUAUGCUUUUAACCUGUAGACUUUUAAUUAAGAGUCGUCGAAUUUUAAGUGCAAUGGUUUUGGCACAGAAAUAUAAUAAAUUUUUUAUCGUAUAUUUAAAUUACAUUGAAAUAAAACUUGAUUAAAAAAAUACAUGUAAAUAAAAACAUAUAUAUGAAUUGUUUAUAAUAAAAUAAAUACAUUUUAAAAGAAAAGGCAGCAAAUUACUAGAAUAAUUUGCAUAAAAAUUAUAAAAAAUAAAUAUGCAUUUUUUUUAGUGCACAAACAUUAUCAGUUCUGUUUUUAAAACUUCUGCAUUUAGAACAUAAAAUUUGUGUAAAAGAAUUGGGAAGCACUGAUUUACAUCAACUUAAUAUUCUUUAAUAAAUAUUAAUAUUUGAAUUCAGAAUAUAUACAGUUACCGUCAGAAUUAUUAGCCUAGUUAACCUUAUUAACCUAGUUAAGCCUUUAAAUGUCACUUUGAGCUGUAAGAAGUGUCUUGAAAUAUAUCUAGUAAUAAAUUAUUUACUGUGAUCAUAGCAAAGAUAAAAUAAAUCCGUUAUUAGAAAUUAGUUAUUAAAACUAUUAUGUUUAGAAAUGUGUUGAGAAAAUUGGGGAAAAAAUAAACAGGGGGGCUAAUAAUUCUGACUUCAAUAUAUUUUUAUAUUUUAUAAAAUUUUUAUUAUUGAAUAUCUUUGGAGCUAAAGUUGUUUGAUGUAUUUUUUUUUAUUAUUAUUUAUAGAUUUUGUAGUCAUUUAUUUAUAUGUAUUAACCAUUUUCAAAUAAAGUCAUUAAAAAUAA